AUGCAUUCAAAUGCUCAUACUCCAUCUCGGCGCUGCUGGCCACUCUCUCCACCACCCCAUCAUCACCAGAUCGUCGCGGCCCCAGCGCUUCAUCAACACUUCUUGCCAGCUUCCUCUUUCUACGUCAUGGUCGACGCUGCAGUCAUCUCGUCACUCUCCCCGUGCAUGUCAUACGCAGUAAAUCACAUUUCCGGCACCCCAUUUGUGUGCCUGGUUCCCUUGGCCGCCCCACCCUCAAACGAUGAACAACUCAUCCAUCCCGGCGCUGCAGCAAUCACUAGUCAUUGCCCUACCAAAAAAAAAACGUGGCGGUUCGCUUUCAGGCAUUCCGUCAUUCAUCUCAUCACUGUGCUUUGCAUCCAAACUCUCUACCUAGGUGGCGAGGUAUUCUCAUUUGCCCAAAUCAGCAUACUCGUCGCGAAAACGCUCCUCUACUUGCUUGCGCUUGUGACCCCAUGGUUUUUGGAUGAAAUGACCUCAAUAACUAUAAACUGCCCCAUGGUUGUCGAGCACUCUCUUUUCAAUCUCGUUGGAUUACAAUCUAAAUAUACCACGCGAACAUAGUGGUUUUCGCUUUCCUGCCAUCAGACCAAUCACAGCAAAGAACGUGUUGCGCCUAUUUGGUCUUCACUGUAGCACUGACGCACAAUCCUGCAACACCUCAACAACCAACACAUAUCAUCUCAUCCGGAUUCCUACGCUUUCUCAUUCGUUUGGUUUCAACGGGCAUGAACAGCUCACUGUCACUUUCUUUCUCCGGCUUGGGCUGCACAGCUUCGUACAUCAU